GUAGUCGCCGUGCGCUGCGCGGGUUCGAAUCCCGUUCCAAGAGAAACCUUUCUCUUGGCUAUGGAUGUUGUGAUUGUGCGUAGGUGGUAGACGGUCUCUGACUGUCGAACGCGGAGGUACCACCCGGCGGAUCUCGUAGGCGGAGCCAGAAUGUGUGCAUGUUGCAUGCACACGUGUUCCCUCGCCAGAGUCCGUGUGGCGUUCCCCCUUUCCCUUGUAUCCCCCUAUAGCCCCACGGUACCCAAUGGGUGCUUAGGCCUUAGGCCUUCGUGGUAGUUGGAG